GAUAAUUUUAAAAAGAGAAUUUGGUUAGUGUCUACUCUGUGAGGACAUUAUUGAUUUGUCAAUUCAAUUUGUCAAAAACGAGUAAAACUUACGUGUUAUUGAAGGAAAAAACAUUUAAAACAUAAACAAAUCCUCUUAAAAUGGAUAUAACACCAUUAUUUAAGGCUUGCAUAAAAACUGUUAAAACUCGUAACAAGGCUUUCGGCAUACACAGUCCGAUUAGCGAAGAUAAGCAACGCAUAUUGAGGGUGAAAUCAAAAAAUGCUUUCAUGGCAACAGCUAAGGAUAUUUGUUCACAAAUUACAAAGCUUAGGGACUUUUUAUUGGAACACCGCGAUAAAUAUUUAAGCUUCUUCAAUAAUGUUACUGGAGACGAUAUGUCUGAUGAAGAGCGCGACCAAAUAGACACCGGUGCGCAACGUAUCAUGAACACAUGCUCACACCUGCUAAAAGAGUUCAGGAAUGAUAAUCGAAGAACUACAGUGACCCCACAAACUAGGGAAUAUAUGGACUCAGUCGUAGAUUUAAUUGAUGCUUAUUUAAAAGCUGUUUGUAAAGUGCAUAGUGAAUUGAAAGCAAUGAGAGUUAAGCGAGCUUUAGAUAUGAGAAAAUUGUCUAGACUUGAGCUACCAGCGACCAAAUCUAGUAUUCCUAAUCCGUUUACACUAGAUAAGGUAAUAGAAAAAGAGAAUGAGACAGAAGAUGAAAAAGAAAAUACAAAAACAAAAUUAGACUUAUCAGAGAAUGAGAUGGCAAUUAUGUCUGAUGAAGGAGAGUUGACUUCAGAAGAGUUGCAAAUGUUUGAGUCGGAGAAUGUACAGCUGUUAAAUGAACUAAACAGUAUGACGGAAGAAGUUAAACAAAUUGAAAGCAAAGUACUACACAUUGCAGAACUUCAAGAAAUAUUUACUGAAAAGGUUUUACAACAAGAACAAGACAUAGAUAGAAUAUCGAAUACAGUUGUCGGGGCAACUGAAAACGUUAAGGAUGCCAAUGAACAGAUUAAGCAAGCUAUACAAAGAAACGCAGGCCUAAGAGUAUAUGUUCUGUUCUUCUUACUGGUCAUGUCGUUCAGUUUGCUGUUCCUAGAUUGGUAUAAUGAUUAAAUUUAGUAGUUACUGGUG